AUGUCUGCAAUUUUUCAUGCAAACCAGCGUUUCAUCGACGUCAUAUUGGAAGUUCCAAUAAAACUUAGUUUGCCCAACAAAAAGAGAUGGAACUUGGCCUUGGCAACCAUUUUUGUUUCAAGGACCUUGCAGUCUCACUUUAUACAAUCUGCUGCCAAAAACAAGACCAAGGUCUCACCUGUUCCUUCUCAUAGAGUCGCCAUUGAUGUUGAUGAACUCGAACCACACCCGAGCUUCCCCAAUAUUAGUCAAUCAAACCUGACUAGGCUUGUGAAGGACAGAGAAUUGGCCCAGCUCGCAGAUUUUGGUGGGGUGGAAGGUGUCGCCUCUGCUCUCGAAUCUGAUGCGGAGUGCGGGAUUCAUGGAGAUGCUGAAGAAAUUUUGCGACGCCAUGAAGCCUUUGGAACAAAUACUUAUUGCAGACCACCCACAAAGAGCCUGUUCCAUUUUGUUUUGGAAGCUUUCAAAGAUCUCACCAUUAUGAUCCUUCUAGUUUGUGCUGCGCUCUCACUUGGUUUCGGCAUCAAGGCACAUGGACUUAAAGAUGGAUUUUACGACGGAGGAAGCAUAUUUGUGGCUGUGUUUCUUGUCAUCUCUGUCUCAGCAAUAAGUAACUUCAGGCAAAACAGGCAGUUCGAUAAACUGUCCAAAGUCAGCAGCAAUAUACGAGUAGAAGUUGUGAGAAAUGGAAGGAGGCAACAGAUUUUGAUAAAUGAAAUCGUUGUUGGAGAUGUUGUUUGCUUGAAAAUAGGAGACCAAGUGCCUGCUGAUGGAUUGUUCUUAGAGGGGCACUCGUUACAAGUGGAUGAAUCAAGCAUGACUGGGGAAAGUGAUCAUGUUGAAGUCAAUCACAGUCAGAACCCAUUUUUGGUUUCUGGCACCAAGGUGGUUGAUGGGUAUGGUCGAAUGCUUGUCACUUCCGUUGGCAUGAACACAACUUGGGGUGAGAUGAUGACAACUAUCAGCCACGAUUCUAAUGAGCAAACGCCUCUACAAGCUCGGCUCAACAAGCUCACUUCGUCAAUUGGAAAGGUUGGUUUAACAGUUGCUUUCCUAGUUCUUGUAGUAUUGCUGGUUAGGUAUUUUACAGGGAACACGACAGAUGAAAAUGGAAACACAGAGUUCAAUGGAAGCAAGACGAAAGUAGAUGAUGUGAUCAAUGCUGUGGUGAGAAUUAUUGCUGCAGCAGUUACUAUAGUUGUUGUUGCCAUCCCUGAAGGCUUACCUUUGGCAGUCAUCCUUACUCUUGCUUAUUCAAUGAAGAAAAUGAUGGCUGAUCAGGCCAUGGUUCGGAAGCUCUCUGCGUGUGAGACAAUGGGCUCUGCGACCACCAUAUGUACAGACAAAACAGGCACCCUCACUAUGAAUCAGAUGAAGGUAACCAAGUUCUGGCUGGGCCAAGAAUCUAUGCAAGAUGUAAGUUCAUCUUCAAUUGCGGUUAGUCUUCUUGGAUUACUCCACCAAGGUGUUGGUCUGAAUACCACUGGCAGUGUUUAUAGGUCUUCUUCAGAAUCCCAAUUUGAGUUCUCAGGCAGUCCUACUGAGAAAGCACUUCUUUCUUGGGCUGUCCUGGAACUGAACAUGGAAAUGGAGCAACUGAAACAAAGUUGUAUUAUUAUGCAAGUGGAAACAUUCAAUUCAGAGAAGAAGAGAAGUGGUGUAUUGAUGAAGAAGAACAUAGACAACACUGUCCAUGUGCACUGGAAAGGAGCCGCAGAGAUGAUACUAGCAAUGUGCUCGGGUUAUUAUGAUCAGUUCGGAAACGUGAAAGCUCUGGAUGAUAUUGGGAGGAAGGCAUGGGAUGAAAUUAUUAAAGGUAUGGCGGCCAGUAGCCUUCGUUGCAUUGCUUUUGCACAUAAGCAGGUUCCACAAGAAGAACUUGAAGAUGGAACAGCACAUCAAAAGAUAACUGAAAACUGCUUGACCCUUUUGGGGUUGGUAGGACUGAAAGAUCCUUGUCGACCAGGUGUGAAGAAAGCAGUGGAAGAUUGUCAACAUGCAGGAGUGAAAAUCAAAAUGAUCACUGGCGACAAUGUUUUCACUGCAAGAGCAAUAGCCACAGAAUGUGGGAUACUAGGGGUUAACAAGGGCAUGAAUGAUGGAUCAGUGGUAGAAGGUGCAGAAUUUCGUAACUACAGGCCAGAAGAGAGAAUGGAGAAAGUUGACAAAAUCUGUGUGAUGGCAAGAUCCUCUCCUUUCGAUAAACUUCUAAUGGUACAGUGCUUGAAAGAGAAAGGUCAUGUGGUUGCAGUGACUGGUGAUGGCACCAAUGAUGCCCCAGCAUUGAAAGAAGCUGAUAUAGGACUUUCUAUGGGGAUUCAAGGCACAGAAGUGGCCAAAGAGAGUUCAGAUAUUGUCAUCUUGGAUGAUGACUUUGCCUCUGUUGCCACUGUUUUGAGAUGGGGAAGAGGGGUAUACAACAACAUCCAGAAGUUCAUUCAGUUCCAGCUUACCGUGAAUGUAGCAGCUCUUGUGAUCAACUUUGUAGCAGCAGCUUCGGCCGGUGAAGUACCAUUAACAGCAGUCCAAUUACUGUGGGUGAACCUCAUUAUGGACACAUUAGCUGCUUUGGCUCUCGCCACGGAGCAGCCCACCAAGGAGCUCAUGGAGAAGCCACCAGUGGGUCGGACUGAGCCACUUAUCACCAACAUCAUGUGGAGAAAUCUAAUAGCUCAAGCCUUGUAUCAGAUAGCCAUACUCUUGAUCCUACAGUUCAGAGGCGAAACGAUCUUUGGUGUCAGUGAGAAGGUAAAUAACACUUUGAUCUUCAAUACCUUCGUACUUUGCCAAGUGUUCAAUGAAUUCAACGCAAGGAAGCUUGAGAAGAAGAAUGUAUUUGAAGGGAUACAUAGAAACAAGUCAUUUUUGGGGAUCAUUGGGAUAACCAUUGUUCUUCAAGUAGUGAUGGUGGAAUUCCUGAAGAGGUUUGCAGAUACAGAGAGGUUGAAUUGGAGGCAAUGGGGAGCAUGUGUAGGAAUAGCAGCCUUAUCUUGGCCAAUCGGUUGGCUUGUCAAGUGCAUACCUGUUCCGGAGAAACCAUUUUUCAGCUAUCUCAAGUGGCAAAAUAUAACCUGCAUGUACAAACAAUUGUUUAUGUAG